AUGGCUGAUUCCAAGAUGAAGCUCCACUGUGGCUGGUUUUUUCUAAAUUCGGCAGCUAUCUUUGGUAUCAGUGAGAAAGGUCUUGACUUCCAACUUGUAUUCGUAGACUGGAUUGCUGGUGAAUCCAAAACCAAAACCUUUCUCUCUACUCUCAAUCCAUUUGGUGAAGUCCUGGUUCUCGAAGAUGGAGAUCUCAAACUUUCUGAAUCAAAGGCGAUCAUGCCAUACCUAGCGGAGCAAUACAAAGACAGUGGAACAAGUCUAUUACCAGAUGAUCCCAAAAAGAGGGCAAUGGUGGGGAUGUGUAUGGAAGUAGAUAAUAACCAGGUUCUUCCUUAUAUCGCAUUAGCUCUCAUCAAACAACUCAUAAUUAAACUGUACCAAGGUUUAGCCACAGACGUUACAUCCGUUCAAGAAAACAAAGAGAAGUUAUCAGAGAUUCUGAACAUCUACGAGACUCGUUUAGGAGAGUCUCCAUACUUGGCGGGCGAAAGCUUCACUUUAGUAGAUCUUCAUCAUCUUCCGCUGAUGUUGAACGCGGAAGAAGAAGAGCUAAAAAACUUGAUCUAUUCGCGUCCCAAUGUAGCCGCAUGGGUCGAGAAGAUGAAGUCGAGACCCGCUUGGCUAAAAACAGUCGUCAUGAAAAACCACAUCGUUGACUUGAUGAAGCAUUGUCGUUGUUUACCUAAAAGGUUAGACUCAUCGUGUCAUGAAUUAACAACUAUUGUUGCUCAGAAAACUGCAUUGGCUAUAAGCACCGAUAGUCUCAGACUCAUUUGCGUUGACAUAAUCAUUGUUUACAAGAGUAGUUAG